AGAGCCGUUGCACAAAACCAUCGUCCCCCUCGAGCUUGUUGUAGCAAUGCGUGAGGCGAGGCCUCUCCCUUUCCUUGCGUUGGUCGUUUCCUCAUCUCACUGCCAUGAGAGCUCGCCCCAUUCUAUCUUCCCUUAACUUCUGUCGCUGUCCGUAUUAUCGGUCUGGUUUUUUCCUCUUGAUGUAUGGGGAAGCGUCCGCUGAGUUGUGUAGGUUUCUCUGGCGUGAACGUUGAAGCGAAUAGGAAUUGGUUGUUUGUUUCGGAGGUAGUUGCCCUGCACAAGAGGAAAAGGAUCUUGGGGAUGGUGUAGGACUCUGUCAGGCGUGCCUUUGGGGUUGUGUUCUGUCGGUUGCAGGUUCGGUUCUGGGUGCGAGUUCGCGUUGGGCGCGAGUUGUAGGGCUGGAUUAAGGAGGGAGAGAGAGAGAGAGAGAGAGAGAGAGAGAAGGGAACAUACAUGGGUUAUUGGAAGUUUUGGGUGACGAUCAACGUCUCUUGCGGAGUUGACGAGGUGCUGGUGUUGUGAGUGGCGAUUGUGUGCUGGGGCCGCUGCCAUGGUGGAAUGAUGGGAAGCAUGAAGGAGGUGCGUAUGGGAAGUGUCGACGGUUUGUUAAUCAUUUAGGAGUCGUUCGUGGAUGGUGCGUGUUGGAAGAAAGCGUUUAGUGCCUCCGGAGGCGCGGAGGGUCUCGUCAUCGCACCUUCCUUGGCCGCUUCGAUUAUUUGGUUGACAUAAAGGCUGCAAUAGUAGAGUUCUGGAGAGGUGGCGGUGUAGCGCAGGCUUGUGGUUGGUGUUGUGGUGGGGCGGAAGCGAAUUCCUUGCUGACGAGCUUGAAACAGAGUUGUAUGGAAGCUCCCCCAAUUCGAGUUUCCAUUGGAGAUGUCGUUUAAUGUUGGGUUGUGCUGCCUCAGCCCAAGAUUCUUCAGAAUUAGGAGCACUACUAUUGGCACUCGGAUGAAUAGCUAGGUAGAAUUUGAAUGGGAGGCGGCGUCUCCGAUAAAACUGCUGUUACGAUUUUGACGCACCCUGCGCAUUAUUACAAUGUAGGCACAUGAAACUGGUGAGAUGACAGACUGUCUUUGAUUUUCGUACCAGCCCUGGUGAGCGCAAGGGUGACCGUGCUCAAUCACGCAACUCGUACGUUUGCACAUGGCAUUAGCGCCCUCGCGAUCUUGCUCCGUGAAUAGGCCGCUUACCAGCCAGUCCUAGGGAGCAUUACGUCGGUUGCAACGAAGCUGAGAAAAUGAACCGCCCCAUGGAAGGGGCAGCAGAUAGUGAGGAUGGGCACCAGAGUAGGAGUAGUUCAGUUGCACGGUCGCUCAACCUGCCAGUUGGCAUGUCGCGAGACGCUUUGCACCUUGAUACUAUUGCUAGACGAUCAUGGCAAGGGUCAGCUUCCCCUAUGAAGCAGGGGAUAAGUUCAGCCGCGACCUCAUCGCCCACCAGAACUUCAUACAGCGACCGGUUUAUUCCUAGCCGCUCAAGCUCAAAUUUGACGGGGUUUGCUCUUUUGGAUCGAUCGCCAUCAGGGCUCAACAUCGCUCAAUUAAAUGAUGUCAGAGAGGAUGGUGGUGCAGCCUACUCAAUGCUGUUGCGGUCAGAGCUUUUUGGGCAAGAGGCUGCUUCACCAGCAACGCCGGAGAAGUCGAUGGGUAUUAGUUUGAGAGACCCAAUGCGGUCGCCGAUCAGUUCCAGUGUUAGUCGGAAUCUGUUCAGAUUCAAGAGUGAGCCCAAGCCGAGCACUGGUCCAAACGCACGGCCAGAGAACCUUUUCGAUCUUUCUCCAGUAGGAAUUGACAGCGCGCUUGUGGCUGCAACCAUGUCGCCCCGGAAGGCUCCUAGAAAAAUUGCGAGGUCUCCUUACAAGGUGCUGGAUGCUCCGGCGUUGCAGGAUGAUUUUUACCUGAAUUUGGUGGAUUGGUCGUCGCAGAAUGUGCUUGCGGUUGGGUUGGGCACCUGUGUAUACUUAUGGAGUGCGUGCACCAGCAAAGUUACGAAGCUCUGCGAUUUAGGGCCUACGGAUAGCGUCUGCUCCGUAGGGUGGACUCAAAGGGCCACAUACCUGGCCGUCGGAACCAACCUUGGAGAAGUACAGCUAUGGGAUGCCACAAAAUGCAGGAAAGUUCGUACGAUGGGUGGCCAUCGGACACGAGUCGGGACAUUAGCCUGGAGCUCACACCUUUUGUCAUCCGGCAGUCGAGACCGAAAUAUUCUCCAGCGGGAUGUCAGGGUUCCAGAAGACUUUGUAAGCAAACUUAUCGGGCACAAGUCCGAGGUGUGCGGAUUGAAAUGGUCUUACGAUGAUCGCGAGCUCGCAUCUGGUGGAAACGACAACCAGCUUUUAGUCUGGAACCAACAAUCUACACAACCUGUAGUGAAAUUUAGCGAGCACGGUGCCGCUGUGAAGGCCAUGGCGUGGUCACCUCAUCAACAUGGUUUGUUAGCAUCUGGAGGCGGAACGGCUGACCGAUGCAUUCGAUUCUGGAAUACUGCCACGAGCACUGCUUUGAAUUGUUACGAUACUGGGAGCCAAGUGUGCAAUUUGGUGUGGUCGAAGAAUGUGAACGAGCUUGUGAGUACGCAUGGGUAUUCCCAAAAUCAGAUCAUAGUCUGGAGGUAUCCAACAAUGUCUAAGCUUGCCACAUUGACUGGACACACAAUGCGGGUUUUGUACCUCGCCAUUUCUCCUGAUGGACAAACGAUCGUGACUGGAGCUGGUGAUGAAACGUUACGGUUCUGGAACGUCUUUCCCUCUCCGAAAUCGCAAAGUGCGGUCCGUGAUACUGGGGUUUGGUCUCUUGGGCGAACACAUAUUCGGUAAAUCCUGAGUAGGAUGAGACCCCCUUUCAGUUCCCCAAUACUUUCAAUUUAGCUGAGAUGCUGUAUUAUGAAGUCGGUAAAUCAGUUUUUAGGUUACCUCAUUUAGGUAUAGGCUUUUUUCAGAUGCGAGUCCACGAUUCUUGAUGGUUGCAGGAUCAUCUAUUUGAGCUCCUCACAUCUGCAUGCAUGGCUGCUGUAUGUAAUAUGUGAAUUCAAGCCUGCAGCUGUGCAUCCUUUCAGGGGAGUGUUAGGAGACCCCUAUUCCACGAAUCACUGCUUGUCACACUUGUCUCAAUCGAUUAAAAAAAGGCGAACUGUGGCAGAACACUUGGAACGUCGGUGGUGAACUUGAUUGUCCAAAUGAAUGAUUUGGCGUGCAGCGUUCUUAUCAUACCAGCGCUUGAGAUAUCAGAUUUUCUUACCUGCGUGGCUACUCAAGGAACUGCAUUUGUACCCCGAGAGGAUUGUAUUGUGUUGCUGAUAUUGCUUGUGCAAUGAUAGCUUCAUCUGUUGGUGAAAGAUGGGCGAAAGGGAAGAUUC